AGUACUUCCAACUUAUUGAAUAUGCUCUAGAUAAAUCAGUCAGAUUUAACAUUUCAUUACAACCGCAUAAAAAUGGUGAAUAAAAUUUUCAAUGUAAUAUGUAUUCAACAUUUCACUCAUUUGUAUUAUCAAUCACUUCAUAUGUGACUGUUAUCAAUUAAUUAUUAGCACCUAUUACAUUAAACAAUAUGAUCAUUUUACAAAUUUAUGUGCAUUUACUUAAAUUAUCAUCAUUAUCACUAAUCUUCAUUUUACUAGUAUCUUCUACUAAUUUAUCUUAUCCUACAAAUUCUGUUAAGAGUUUAUUGCCUAGACAAAAUAUCAUUUCUCCAGAAGAUCACUUAAUUGAAAUUAUUUCUAAUAAUUCUAUAAAUUAUGGUUGUGAUUUCAAUCAACUACAGUUUUGCUCAUAUGAACAUUCAUCUGAUUGGAGUUUUCAGUUAAGUUUAACAGAAUUUGCUUUAAAAAUGAAAGAGGCAGCUGAAACAGCUGCUAAAGUUGUUCAGAAUUUUCAAGAAAAAUUGUCACAAAAUAAUAAUACCAACAAUACUACAAGAAUCCAGUCUAAAAUAUCAUCAAAUCAAUAUGGGAAUUUCCCAUCUAUUAUUAUUCCAACAGUCAAUUAUUUCCCAUGUUCCACUAAUCAUAAUCAAUAUUCCUAUAUAAAAUUACCAAUUCAUUGGCCUAAAUAUUUUAUAACACAUCAACCAAUUAUACCAAUUGAUGUAACAAUAUCUAAUUCAAGUCAAUCAUCAUCUACUACUAUUACAUCAUCACAAUUAUCCAGACAAAGACGAUCCAUUAUUUAUCAUCAUCAUCAUCAUCAUCAUCCAAUAAAUCAAUCAUCAAAUCAAUCUAUUCCAUUAUAUAGAUUUUCUAAAUUAUAUCCAAUAGCUUGUUUACAAUUAAAAAUACAAUUUCUAUCUAAUAAUCAUAAUGAGGAUAAUGAUAAUAGAUUAGGUAGUCAAAUUGUUUUAAGUUUAGGUUCAAAUAAACAAACAAUUCGAAAUGUGUUCAAUAUUGAAGAAUCAUAUGCAAAUGUAUAUCAUGAAGAUUACAAUGAUGAUGAUGAUGAUGAUCAUUAUCUUAGGGAAAAUAGUGAGACAUCAUCACAUACUUCAUCUCCUCCUCUAUCAAGUAAGUCAUCUAGAAUAGACUGGUCAAUAUUACGUCAAGAAAUAUCUGAUUUAAAAAAUAAUACAUUACCAUAUCAUGUAUGGAUUAAUGUUUCAAUGCCUAUCUAUCCUACCACUAUCACUACUACUACUGAUCUUAAUACACUCUCUAAUCAAACUAAUUAUCAUUAUAAUGAAUAUGUAAAUCCUUCCAAACUUCAUGAGACCGUCUUAGAACAAUCUGAUCAUUGGAUUGCUAUAGAUUCUAUACAAUUAUUAUCUAUAUACAGUACAAACAAUGUAUGCAUUGAUGAUAUCCUAUUGUAUACACAUCAGAAUAGACAAUUCUUAAAAUCAACAUGUCAGAAUAAAUUAAUUUGGUUUAGUAAUAAUAAACAAUCGAAUCAUUCUAUACAAAUUUUAUAUCUUAAUUCAAAUGGUUAUCCAAUAUUAUUGAAUAGAACUAAUUCAUCAUCAUUAUCUAGUCAAUCAAAUCAUCAUCAUAAGAAGAAAGAUAGAAAUAAUUUCAUUCUACAAUCCUUUAAAUCAAUCUAUUCAAAGAAAUAUUCAAUCUAUCGUAGUGUACAUAUGAUAUGGAUAGCUGGUUCAUUAUUAUUAGCAGUAUUUAUUACAUUUUUAGCUAUUUUAUUUAUUAUUACAUUUAGUUUAUCAGUUAUGUGUAAUCAACGUAAAACUGUCAACACUAUUCAUUUGAGUACUACUAAUUCAACUACUGAAAAUAAUAUAAGUAGUCGAAAUGAAAAAUGUAAAAAUAAUAUGCCGUUAUUGUAUGAACCGCAUAAUCGUCGAAAAUUUUAUUUAAAUCAUUAUAAUAAAGAGAAUUGUAAUAAUGAAUUAUUAAGAAUUUUACCAAAUAAUUUAUCGAAUAAUUCAUUUUUAAUAGAUUUACAUAAUCAUUUAUCUUCAUCAUCAUCAUCAUCAUUACAUGGUUUAUUAAAUCAUCAUCAAAAUGAAGGAAAACAACAAAAUAAUUCACAACAGAUUAUUAUUACAUCAACAACACAUCAACAAUCUGUAGAUGAUAAUUCAACGGAACUUAGUUUAUGUAUGCAAGAUGAUAAAAAUGAAUUUCUUCGUUCAAUUGAUAGAAAAAUUGUUAACAAUUCAGAUGUAUCAACAACAAGUGCUAUACAAUUAUUACGUAAUUGGAAUUUUUAUAAACAACGUAGUACAUCAUCACCAUUUAGUUCUUCAUCUAAUAAUAAUCCUAUAAAACAAUCCAAUGUAAAACAUAAUACAUCAAUGUUAUUAUAUAUGGAUCAUCAUCAUCAUCAUUAUCAUGAUCAGCCAUUAUUUGGAAAAGGUUAUACUCAUUCUAAUAUCAUUGCCAAUAAUCCUAAUAGAUCAAAUUUCAAUGAUAAAUUAGAAGAGAAUAUUAUGUAUCGAUAUCAAUUAACAAAUGAUACAUCGAAUUUACAUACAAUAUCAAAUAUACGUCAAUCUUUAAUAUUAUCCAUUAAUGAUAAGAAUGAAUUCAUUCUAUUACCAUCAUCGAAUUCUAUAAAUUCUAAUGAACCGAAUCCAAUAUCAUCAACCAUGAAUAAUAAUAAUAGUAGUACAUUAGGUAUGUUAAAUAGUUUAUCUGAAGAAGAUGCUGAAGCAACACGUUUAGAAAUGGCAGCUUCUGUUGGUGCAUUAGAUCAACAAUAUUUACAACAACAUAAUAAUAAUAAUGAUAAUACAUUAGAUCAUUUAGAUUAUACUUUAUCAACUAUACCACAUUCAUCAUUUAUUAGAAAUGAUAAUGAAAGACCACCACCUAGUUAUCAUGAUUCAUCACCUUAGAAUUUAGCAUUUCUAAUUGAUUGUUUAUUCCUUUCUCCCCUCCCCGCUUUUUGUUUUCUAUUCGAAAAAUGA